AUGCCGGCCUACAACUCCGUCUUCAACGCCGACCCCUCCCCGCGCCUAAUCGGCAACUUCCCUUUGCUCCCUUUGCGGACCAAGAUCCGUGGGCCGACCUACCCCUUACCCUUCCCCGAUCCUCCUCUGGCGGCCAACGAGUCGCCCGACCCGGACUCGGAGUCGUACGACAUUCUCGACGAGACGCUAGCCCUGUUCCGCGCCAACACGUUUUUCCGCAACUUUGAGAUCCAGGGCCCUGCCGACCGUCUCCUGGUGUACGGGAUCUGGUUCAUUAGCGAUUGUCUGUCCCGCAUUAAGCCCAGCUACGGCGUCAGGGAGGCCACCAAGGAGGUGAAUAAUGCGGCGCUGGAUGUCAACUUUGCGUUGCCGGGCGACCCGGGGUGGCCUUUGAAUCAGAUGUACGAACCCCCCCGCGACCGUCAAGACGCCGAAAUCCUCCGCCAGUACAUGUCGCAGGCCCGGCAGGAGCUGGCGCAGAGGUUAUUGGCGCGCGUGUACGACGACGAGACCGAGGACAAGCCGAGCAAGUGGUGGUUGAGCUUUACCAAGAGGAAGUUCAUGGGCAAGGGGCUCUAG